AUGUCUACUACAACUGCUGCUGCUGCUAUCACAGCCUCUCCUCCGGCUUCUGCUAGCGUCGUCUCUCGAUGGAAUGUCUUGAUUACGCCUUCCUCUUCCACUUCUACCAAUUCUAGACUAGCCACGCCUACUUUUUUCUUUUCGUUUUCUUGGGCAGAAUUUAUUCAAACUUUCUCUUCUCCUACUUUCCAUUUUCUUCCCCCCCUCUCUCUCCCUCUCUCUGUGUCUUUCUCUCUCAACACUCAAUUAAUUCUUUCUCUAUCUUUACCCAUACUUUUUUUCUUUUUCUUUAACCUGUAUAUUUCUUUCCCUUGCCCAUUAUUCACGCUUGUCUUUUUUUUGGGUUGUUCUGCUUUAUUUCUGUCUGUCUGUCUGUCUGUCUGUCUGUCUGCCUAUCUGCCUCUCUCUCUCUCUCUCUCUCUCUCUCUCCUGACACCCUCUGGCAGACGACAAAUAUAA